CUGAAAUUCCAAACCUUGAUUCCCCUUUGGUCUCUCCGCCUUAGUUUGAUAGGCUGAUUGCCAACACAUCACUCCUCACCAAGCAUCCUCUUCCACAUUGCUUCUGAUUCUGAUCUCUAUGCAACUUCAUUCAUAAUCCCAAACUUUAAAAACAACAUUAAUAAUCACAAAAACCGUGCCUAAAAAACUUGCAUUCUCUGAAUUUUCACAGAAACCAAACACUCUCUUCGUUUUCUCCGAUCGCUUCAACAUCACACGUUGUUUUGAAUCAGAUUAGCGAUGAACGCCUACAUUUUCGGCGUCGUGGUUCCCCUCCUCGUCCUCCUCUUCCGAAACUCCAAAAACCCGAAGCGCCGCGGCUUGCCGGCGGAUGUCGGUGGCGAUCCCGGCCUCACGGUCCGCAACCACCGCUUCACCUCGCCGCUGAGUUCAGCCUGGGAGGGCGUGACGACGCUGGCUGAGCUCUUCGAGCGUGCAUGCAAGGAGCAUCCGGGGAAGUUGCUGCUCGGGACGCGCGUGUUGAUCUCCAGGGAGAUUGAAACCUCGAAAGAUGGGAGAAGCUUCGAGAAGCUUCAUAUGGGAGAGUACCAGUGGGUCACGUACUGGAAGGUGUUCGAAACUGUCUCUAAUUUCGCCUCUGGUUUGGCCAAGGUUGGCCAUGUCAAGGGAGAGCGUGCUGCGAUCUUUGCUGAGACCAGAGAAGAAUGGUUCAUCGCACUCCAGGGUUGCUUCAGGAGAAAUGUGACAGUUGUGACUAUAUAUGCGUCGUUGGGAGAGGAAGCUUUGUGUCACUCAUUGAACGAGACAGAGGUUACAACUGUGAUUUGUGGGCGCAAAGAAUUGAGAUCACUUGUAAAUGUUAGUAGACAACUUGAUUCAGUGAGACGUGUGAUAUGCUUGGACAAUGAUAUCCCAUCUGAUACCUUGUCAGCUCCGCAUAGCUGGUCAAUCAUUUCCUUUGCUGAAGUUGAGAGGCUUGGUAGAGAAAAUCCAAUUGAGGCUGAUUUACCUCUUUCAGCAGAUGUUGCUGUUAUAAUGUACACAAGUGGAAGUACAGGAUUGCCUAAGGGUGUAAUGUUGACACAUGGCAAUGUUUUGGCAACAGUCUCUGCAGUAAUGACAAUUGUUCCUAAGCUUGGGCCAAAGGAUGUCUAUCUCGCAUACUUACCAAUGGCUCAUAUCCUUGAAUUAGUAGCUGAGAAUUUGAUUGCAUCUGUUGGAGGUUCUAUAGGAUAUGGAUCUCCUUUGACUCUAACUGAUACAUCAAACAAGAUUAAAAAAGGAACACAUGGGGAUGCCACUGCAUUGAGUCCAACUGUGAUGGCAGCUGUACCAGCAAUACUUGAUCGUGUACGUGAUGGAGUGCUCAAGAAGGUAAAUGCCAAGGGAGGAUUAUCAAAGAAGUUGUUUAAUUUAGCCUAUUCACGAAGGUUGCAUGCAAUUAAUGGUAGCUGGUUUGGCGCUUGGGGCUUGGAACAGGCUCUAUGGCAUUUUCUUGUGUUCAAAAAAGUCCAAGCAAUUCUGGGUGGUCAUAUUCGUUUUAUACUGUCUGGUGGUGCUCCCCUUUCUGCUGAUACCCAAAGAUUCAUCAAUAUUUGUCUUGGUGCUCCAAUAGGACAAGGAUAUGGUCUGACAGAAACUUGUGCUGGUGGGACAUUCUCUGAUUUUGACGAUACAUCUGUUGGCCGUGUUGGACCACCUCUUCCUUGCUCAUAUAUUAAGCUAAUUGACUGGCCUGAAGGUGGAUACUCAACUAAUGACUCGCCAAUGCCUCGUGGUGAAAUUGUGGUUGGUGGUCCAAAUGUCACUCUUGGGUACUUCAAAAAUGAAGAAAAGACAAAUGAAUCUUACAAGGUUGAUGAAAGAGGAGUAAGGUGGUUUUACACUGGUGACAUAGGGAGAUUUCAUCUGGAUGGUUGCCUUGAGAUCAUUGAUCGGAAAAAGGACAUAGUUAAACUGCAGCAGGGAGAAUAUGUGUCCUUGGGAAAGGUUGAGGCAGCUCUUCUUGGCAGCCCCUUUGUGGACAACAUCAUGGUGCAUGCUGAUCCUUUUCAUAGUUACUGUGUGGCACUCGUGGCAGUUCAUCAUCCCAAAUUGGAGGAUUGGGCUUCAAAGCAAGGAAUUGCUUAUUCUGAUUUUUCAGAACUGGGCAGCAAAGAUGAAACUGUGAAAGAGGUGCAUGCAUCACUUGUAAAGGAAGCAAAGAAGGCUCGUUUGGAGAAAUUUGAGAUUCCUGCAAAAAUCAAAGUGCUUUCUGACCCAUGGACUCCUGAGACUGGCCUUGUUACUGCAGCUCUGAAGCUCAAGAGAGAUAUCAUUAGAAAGACUUUUCAAGAAGACCUUGCAAAGUUAUACGCUUGAUCCGUUUGCUCAUUCUAGCAAAAGAAGCUACUUCAAAACAAUUUUCCUCUUGGGAGGGUGUAGUAGUUUUAUUUUACAAUUUUUUUCCAUUUUAAAUUUCAUUUUAGUGCGCAUAGAGUGAGGCGAAUUAGGAGUAGAAUGCCAAAAUGUUGAAUAAUUAGUUUGCGUGCAUAGUGGUGGACUUUAUCGAACCUUUCCUAUGUUUUAUCAAUCAUUCCAUCAUUUAUAUCUCCUCAGAA